AUGGCAAUGGAAAUCCCACUUCCUUCAACAAAUCAAAAUAGAACUCUAUUAGAAAGUUUUAACCCACAAAGUCCAGAAUCAACUCAAACACAAAACCAAAACACUAAUGCCAACACAGUUGGAUAUGGAGAAGCACCAGGAACAUUAGAAUUUCUUCAUAAUUGUGCCCCAUUCAUUGCUAAAUUAUAUUUAUUAGUAAAUUCUCCUCAAUCUAACUCACUUAUUUGUUGGAGUGAACCACUAAAAGGAACAGCAAUUUGUGUUAAUAACCCUGUUCAAUUUGCACAAGAAAUAUUACCAAAACACUUUAAACAUUCAAAUAUUGCUUCGUUUGUUAGACAACUCAAUAUUUAUGGAUUUCAUAAAUUAGAUUGUAAAGAAGGUUUAUGUUUUAAACAUGAGUUCUUUCAAAGAACCCAUCCUGAACUCCUUGAAAAAAUUAAAAGAAAGAAAAAUAAAAAGAAUGUUUUGGGACAAACACUUCAACCAUUUUUCCCUUCAAAUGUACUAUCUACAGAACUACCUAAACGUGACAGUGAUGAAUUAUUAAAUGUUGCUUCAUUGCGUAUUGAUAUUAAUAAAUUACAAAAUCAAGUUGAAGAAAUAAAAGGAGAAUUGUCAGAAUCUAAAAUGAAAUGGACAAGUUUAACAAGGAGAAUUGAUCAGUUAGACCAGAUGUUUAACUUACUUUAUUCAAAUUAUUCAAGUAUUCAAAAUAAUACACAAUUAAAUACAAACUCAAAUAACUAUUUCCAAAAUCCUUCUCUUUCCUUAUACCCAAGUCCAAGAAGAGUUCCUGAUUUUCAACCGGAUGAUGGGAGACAUAGAGAACAAAACUAA